ACACCCUCUCCCACUAUAUCGCGAGAGACUGAUUGGGACAGCAGGCAGAGAAAUAUUCAUAUACCUGCAACAAGAGCAGUUGCAAAGCUCUUAUGAAUAAAUAGAUACCAUAUAAUUCAUGAAUAGGUUUAGCAUCAACAGGGGACAGCUAGACGGAGAGGAAUGCAUAUUAAUCGGAAUACUGGCAGACACACUAGCAAUACAGCCAGCUAGCUGACCAGCAGCUCAAACUUGAUCAUUUAUUAGCAGUGCUGGGUUAGCUAGUUAGCACCAGGCUAGUUCAAUAUACAUUUGCCCUGAAUCUUUUUCGGAUUUCACUCACGCCAGCGAACAAAUUGCGUCUUUUGUGCAAAAAGGUCACAAAUCCCUACCACAGGAUCCUCGCAGAGCCUUAAAACCGGAGAUCACCUGAGAACUACCAUCAGCUCAUCCUGCUGCUCAUGACAUAAUUCAGUGUUACUCCCCAUACACACGUUUACACCUUUUGUGUAGAAUGUGAACUAUUUUAGAGUCAAAUCAUUUUCUUUAAAUGGGGGGAAACAAUUAUCAGUCAUUUUCAGGCCACAUUUUUCGGUCAGGUUUUCCAAAUUCAUGUCUAUUGUAAAAGCGUAGCCUGAUGAGCAGAUCGAGCGCCCCCCAUACGCAUGUUGUUCGCAACGAUCCUGACAUCUUUGAGGAUCGGUUGGUCUUAAAUUGAUCACUUAUUAGUCAGUCAUGAACGGCUCCCUCUUAACCCCGCCCAGUCUGCGGGCUGCGGCUAAUUCGUCUCCCCUUCCGCCCUCCCCGUCUCCAUCGCCUUCUCCUCCAUCUCCAUCACUGUUGCCACUCUCCACAAGACCCCCACCACUGCCUCCUCCAACUCCUGCCAGUCAGCCCUUGUCAUCGUUAUCCGACACACCAACACCAUCUCCGUCUCCCUGCCUUAGCUGGACCGAGUUCUGUGAGCUCCACGCCCGAGUAGCUGCCGGUGACUUCGCCCGGCAUUUCCGGGCCUUCUUGCAGGAGAACCCUCAUUACUCCCCUGAUUCGGCCACUGCUUUUUGCCGCCGCUUUACAGACAGAUUCGUUCGACAUUUCGAGAGCGAGCUCGAGGGGACCGUUGUUGGUAGGGAAGGAACGGUGAGCUGGGUCGCCCAAUCUGAUGUUACGUCGCUGGAGGAGGAUGCAGCAUCUCCGUCCCUGCUGCCGCCAGAAGCCUCCACCCCAUGCCCGCCUACUCACACGCAGGCUGUGCCCAAACCGGCCUUGACCCAGGAGGGCCGCGGCUCGGAGCGAUUCCAGAGCGCCGGAACAUUUCAGGACUCGUAUGCUCAUACUCAGAUUCUCCCACCGUCCUCCUCUUCGUCAUGCUCUUCCUCUAUGGGCGGGAAUAAUGGGCGGAGGGAGGACAGGGGAAUAGCGGUCAAACAUAACCAACCUGGAUAUAAAGACCUGGAAGAAGAGGAAGACAGCUGGGUGGGGCCUGUCGCCGGAGAGGAGGUGGAGACGGAUGUAGUAGCAAGGGACAAUGAGGGCGAGGGUGAUACGGCCUCGGAAAGAGCCGAUCUCAGCCAAACUCCGACAUGCCCCAAUCCUUCUGGCACACCAGCAAACUCUGGGUCAAAAGGCAAUGGGACACCCAUUGGGGGUCACUCGAAGAAUAAACUAAAAAAGCGGUUCUCUUUGCGCAGUGUGGGCCGCAGCGUCCGAGGGAGCGUGCGAGGCAUCUUGCACUGGCGCAGCUCCUCCAGUGACGCCCCUCAGAACUGCAGCUCGGGUAAUUCCGCCCAACUUCCUUCCAGUUACAGCUACACUACAGGCUUGCAAGACGGCAAGAGGAACUCUGGCUCGCAGGGCGUUCCUGCGUCUCUCCCUGUCUCUCUCUCCCUUCCCCUCUCUCUCCCUCACUCGUCGUCCUCUUCAUUGCCCCCAUCAUCCUCCAGUAGCGCCACCUCCCUCUCGCUCUCCGAGGCCCGUGACUGGCGGAGAAGCAACGGCAAUGGGGAGAAGGAGAAAUGGAGUCACCGGUUGGAGAAACUGCGACUGUCCCGCUCACCGCCGCUGACUCUGUCCACCGCAGCUCCACCUUCCUCGGCUGUGUCGCCUUCGGCGCUACCACCGAGCAGCAUCGGUGCCCCAAGGAAGAUGGGCAGGCUGGUACGGGAGGGAGGUGUGACCGUGUGCUCGUCUUCGGACGAGUUUGCCAGCACUCAUGGUUUCCCGGGAUUUUCCUUUGGACUGCUGCACCACAGCACGGACAGCACAGCGUCGGGACAUCCCACGCCCAUGGGAGGAGCUGCAGGCGGAAGGGGGAUGCGUUGGCACAAGUGCCGUCUAGUUCUGAAAGAACGAGAUAAGGACGGAGGGGAUGGAGGGCUGGAGUAUUUCCUGGAGUUUUACAUCCCACCUAAGUCCUCCAAGCCCAGACUGACUGUCCCAUGCUGCUCUAUUGUUGAUGUGAGGAGCACUACAGCCAUAGAGGUGCCAGACAAAGAGAACACCUUCCUUCUACAGUUGGAAGGUCAGGUGCAGUACGUGAUCGAGACCCGAGAUGCGGUUCAGAUGAGAGCUUGGCUUAGUGACAUCAGAAAUGCAAUUUGUUUGAGUGAGCAAGAGGAUGUUGAGGGAGUGUGCGGCAGUGCUCUCACCGACCUCAGCAGUACGCCAGAAUUCAACGACCGCCUGUCUCAAGUGUGCUAUGGUGGAGUUGGUGGUUCUCCUCAGCUGGAACCUCUACCUCCUGAGUUGCCACCCCGUGCCCCUCUUGAUGAAUCGGACAGUCGACUGCUUGGUGGGGGAGGAGCCGGUCUUAGCACACCUUUUGCAGAAACUCCUGAUGCCACAGGGUCGUUCCUGUUCUCUGAAGGUUCUGUUUCAGAGACGGUGGAACAUCCUCUGAGUGAGUGUCAGUGGUUCCACGGUACACUCUCCCGUCUUAAGGCAGCCCAGCUGGUGCUGGCGGGCGGCAUGGCCAGCCAUGGAGUGUUCCUUGUGAGGCAGAGUGAGACACGGCGUGGGGAGUAUGUCCUCACCUUCAACUUCCAGGGCAAAGCAAAGCACUUGCGUCUCUCCCUGAACGAGGAUGGACAGUGUCGUGUGCAGCAUCUCUGGUUCCAGUCCAUUUUUGACAUGCUGGAGCAUUUCCGUGUGCACCCCAUUCCCCUGGAGUCUGGGGGUGCCUCUGAUGUCACCCUCAUCAGUUUUGUGGGGGCCACUAAUGUCCGGCAACCAGACUUGACCAGCAGACCCCGUAGUCCUCCUCAGCCACCUCCUCCCCCUCUGCCUCCGGGACGCCCUCCGCCCCCAACCCCGCCGCAGGAACGAGGGAGCGAGAUGGAGGCCGCCGGAGGAGGCGGAGCAAGCAGCGGGGCGGAGGAGUGCGAGGAACGGGAGCGUGAGCCGCCUCUCCUCCAGCUGGAAGGGGUGGAGGGCGAGGAGAGAGAAGGAGGGAGAGCAAGAGCCAUCGACAACCAGUACUCUUUCUUCUAAAACGGGGAAAACAACGAGGUGGGAUAGAGGAGGAAGAGGAGAGCCCUUCACAAUCAGUAUUUUCAGUAUUCUCCAGCGGAAGAACUGGGAGACCGAGUUAUUAACACUAUUAAACAUGAGCUUUCACGGUGCGAGAGAGAGAUGGAGAGAAAGAGAGAGAGACGCCCAAACACAUAAGCAUAUAUGAUACUGACGGUACUUUUUUUUUUAAAUACUAAGUAACGGUACAACACUAAAUUGUAGGUGCGUUGUGAAAACAUUGGUCAGCUUUUACUAAUUUGUUCUCCAGUGUUUGUCAGUGCGAAAGUUCCUCUGCUGCUGCAUAGGAAAGUACAAAAGUGUCAGCGCCGCCACUGAGCUGGUGUCGUGUUUUAGCAACUUAUUUCUUGAGUCCUUCAAGUCAUUACAGUGUCGGACUCACUUAUUGAUUAUUCAGAUGUCUAGUAUUCUUUGAGCCUUCGCACUUAUACGAAAGGAAUUUCUUUUUCCUGUCAGGUGAGCGGAAAUUUUCACUUGUUCAGAGAUUGUUACCCACCAGCACUCUUGUUGUUAUUAUUAUUACUGGAGCUUUUUGAGUUGUUUUCUUUUUGUUCUGCCACUGACAAACUGCGAAUGUCACAAAGUAAUAACUUUUUAUCCUGUUCAUUUCAGUUGUACUGAUUUUGCUAGUUAAGUAGCAGGCAUUGCCUCGGGCUUAACAACGUCCAGUUUGGCCAAAAACAAGCAAGCCCAGUCCUCUGAAGUCCAGUAGUAUUACUUCAUAAGGUUAAUUAUCGUAUUAAACAUCUCCAUAGACUCCAUUAUUACCUCAGAGUCCUGAUCUGUCGCCCAGCUCCUCUGCUCUCCCUCUCUGUCUUUACAUCCUACCCUUCCUUUUAGCUUUACAGACUUUGGGUUUAUUGUUGUGUUUAUUUCAAAGCUAGAGUCCAGAGGAGGGAGAGAGAAUGUCCUUUGGUUUAAAAGAGAAAUUGUUAUUGAAUACGAAAAUGAUAAUGACUGAUGAUGAUAAUAAUAAUAAUUAGAAUAUAAUAAUUGUCCA